AUGGUGUCUGAAGGGGCUCUGCCCGUGGUUUGGUGUAUACGCGAUAAUCAACUAGUGCCUCAUCAAGUAUCCGGUGUUAAGUUACAGGGUGCCGUAACAGGAGCCCAUAUAGCUGCGGUAACAGACUUUUUGCGUAUGGUAGCAGGGACUCCUAUUGUUCUACCACACACCGAAGUGUCUGAAGACAUUGAUAAUGACAUUAAUCAAGAAAAGGAAAACACUACUCGAAGGCGGAAAAUUUCAAUGCAAGUUGAGGUGCCCUGUGUUUUUCUUACCGAAAGUGCAUUACAAAAGGCUAAGAGCCGUAAUAAUUCUAGAGAAGAACAGAUAACAAUUGACAAGUGUAAUAUGCCUACAGCACCCACAAUGCUGGAAAGUCAAUCUUCUUUUCUCAGUUCCACUGAUAUUUUAGAAAUGCAAGAGCCAGAGGACAAUAAUUUUGAAUCAGGUAGAGAUAAUUUAAAGUGUAGUGCAUCUGAAUCUACAGUAUUAGUUAGUGAUAAUCAUACUCAAAGGAUAACAAGGAUUAUCGACUUAGACGACUUAAGUCCAAGCACAAUAAGUAUGGAAUCUGAAAAAGAACAUCCUCAAAGAAUAACACGAAUCAUUGAAUUCGAGAAUGAGAAAACAUCUUCAUCGGUAUAUAAUGAUGGAGAAAAUGAAAUAUUACAAAGAAUUACAAGAAUAAUAGAAUUAAACGAAGAUAAUUCAUUUUCUACUAUUACAAACAACAUAGACGCGGAAAAAGAAUGCCCUCAAAGGUUGUCUAGGAUAGUUGAAGUGGAAAAAGAAAAUCACUUUCCUAGCAUGACGAAAAUAAUUGAAAUGGAAAACGACAUAUCAAAUGAACGAAGAAUUUCUUUGACGAAUGAACGUGAGACUGGAGGCGGAGUUAUAGAAAAUUGUAGUGAGGAAGUGACUAUCAGGUCCAGGCUUGCUCAUCGAAGUACUCCUAGGUUUAGUCUAGACUCUUCAUGCUCCGAAAACUCUUAUGUUAAUAUCGAGUGUAUAAAGAGUUUGCAGGAUGUAAGAAAAGAGGAAAAUGUUGAAAAUGUAGUGUGUCCUGAGAUUUUCCCUGCAGGGAGGUCUAUUCGUUCUCGGUUUCCAAGAAAAAAGACAUCCGUAUGUUCGAUUGGCUCUUCGGACUGCGACGACGAGGUUGAUGUAAUAUUCAAAUCCAAACCAAAAUCUAGUCAAUGGGUAAGUUUGGAUUGGAUACCUCCGCCUCCCAAAGAAGAGCCAGUGAUUAUGCAAGUCUGUGAUAAAAACGAUUUCAUUACAAAGUGGAUAGCAGAACAAAAUUCUCAAGACUCAGUAAUUAUUGCGGAUGAAAGGAGAAAAAGUCUUCCUCCUAAAUCGAACGAGAUUUAUCUUCAAAAUAUGAGAAGGUUCAGUGACGGAUUGCAAAUGUGUAAGGAAGAUGCAGCUAGCGAUUCUCCAGCUACAGUCAAAUGGAAAUGGCAUGAUAUAGUAAAACGACAUCUUCAAUUAUUGAAGAGUGAGAAAGGUCUUAGACGUCAAAAAGGAAGUUGGAUGAGAACAGCGAGACGUUUAUCUGGGACUAACAUGAACAACAAAGAGUUGGAAUUUUUGCCGUUGGAUACGUAUAUGAAACUUCAGACUAUGCCAUGGUACUUCCGUAAAAUAAAACGAAUCGAAGCUGAGAAGAAAUUGCUCCUUCCUGAGAACGAACAUGGCGCUUUCCUCAUUCGCGACUCCGAGAGCCGCCAUAAUGAUUUCUCCCUGUCAGUGCGAGACGGGGAUACGGUGAAGCAUUACCGCAUCAGACAGCUGGACGAGGGCGGUUUCUUCAUAGCGCGACGCACAACCUUCCGCACGCUACAAGAGCUAGUUGAGCAUUACAGCAAGGAUGCCGAUGGACUCUGUGUCUCGCUUAACAAACCUUGUGUGCAGAUUGAGAAGCCGGUGACAGAGGGUUUGUCUCACAAAACGCGUGACCAUUGGGAAAUCGACCGGUCGUCCUUAAAAUUCGUAAGAAAAUUAGGACAUGGGCAAUUCGGUGAAGUGUGGGAGGGACUGUGGAACAAUACAACACCCGUAGCCGUAAAGACACUGAAAUCCGGUACUAUGGACCCCAAGGACUUCCUGGCCGAGGCACAGAUUAUGAAGAAACUGCGACAUAGCAAACUCAUCCAGCUGUACGCAGUGUGCACUCUCGAGGAACCAAUAUACAUCAUCACUGAACUUAUGAAAAAUGGAUCUCUAUUGGAUUACUUACAAGGUAAAGGUCGCUAUUUGAAACUGCAACAGCUGAUUGACAUGGCCGCUCAAAUCGCUGCUGGUAUGGCGUACCUCGAAUCACAAAACUAUAUACAUCGAGAUCUUGCGGCUAGAAAUGUGCUAGUUGCAGAUGCUAAUAUUGUCAAGAUCGCAGAUUUCGGCCUUGCCAGGCUUAUCAAAGAGGAUGAAUACGAGGCGCGCGUGGGAGCCCGUUUCCCCAUUAAAUGGACGGCCCCGGAGGCCGCUAACUACAGCAAGUUCUCUAUAAAGUCUGACGUUUGGUCUUUCGGUAUACUACUAACAGAGCUUGUCACUUACGGCCGAAUACCUUAUCCGGGCAUGACAAACGCUGAAGUACUGCACCAAGUAGAGCACGGCUACCGAAUGCCGUGCCCACAGAACUGUCCUGCAGCACUGUACGAGAUUAUGCUCGACCUGCUGAGCCCGGCCUUCCCUGCCGCCCCACCGACACGCACACUCGCAUCACACUCCAGGGCUGUACCACAUGCCGCCCGAUCUACACAUGCUGCACAACAGCGCAUCGAUGCAAUAUCUCCAUAUGCAUGCGCUCCCCACUAA